AUGGCGUGCGCUGCUUACAGUAUCAGAGGCCCUCUCAUGCUGGCUGCAAGGCACCGCACCGAUUUGCCAGCCAAUAAUGACUUGUGCAUUGGCUUGAAGUCUUCGGUGUCUUACCCCGUUGCUCAGCGGUGGAGCAGCGACAGCUCUUCGGUUGUGAUGCAGCAUGUCACAUCCCAUCGUCACUUGAUUGUUAGGGCUUCAGCAAGGAACUCGAAAGCUUCAGCAACUGAAGUGGGCACUGCUUCUUCUGAUGAGAGGAUAACUGUAUUGGUCAUUGGUGGUGGAGGCCGGGAGCAUGCUCUUUGUUAUGCCUUGAACCGUUCCCCAUCUUGCAGUGCAGUUUUAUGUGCCCCUGGUAAUGCGGGUAUUGCUCAGUCCGGGGAUGCAACUUGUAUCUUAGAUUUGGACAUCUCCAGUAGUGCUGAUGUUAUCUCGUUCUGUCGUAAGAGGGGUGUGGGAAUGGUUGUAGUGGGUUCUGAAGCCCCACUUGUUGCGGGUCUUGUGAAUGACCUUGUCAAAGUUGGGAUACCAACCUUUGGCCCUUCAUCAGAGGCUGCAGCGUUAGAAGGAUCAAAGGACUUCAUGAAGAAGCUAUGUGACAAGUACAAUAUCCCCACAGCCAAGUAUCGCACAUUCAUGGAUGCUGUGGAAGCUAAACAAUAUGUCAAACAAGAAGGAGCCCCUAUUGUUGUUAAAGUUGAUGGACUGGCCGCUGGAAAGGGUGUGGUUGUUGCGAUGACUUUGGAUGAGGCAUUUGAAGCCAUAGACUCUAUGUUGGUUGAAGGCUCAUUUGGUUCUGCUGGUUCACGGGUUAUCAUUGAAGAAUUUCUAGAGGGUGAAGAAGCAUCUUUCUUUGCAUUGGUAGAUGGUGAAAAUGCUUUGCCUCUUGAAUCAGCACAGGAUCACAAAAGAGUUGGUGAUGGUGAUGUUGGCCCAAAUACUGGCGGUAUGGGUGCAUACUCCCCUGCACCAAUAGUGACAGAUGAGCUCAAGCGCAUAGUCAUGGAAAGUAUAAUUAUCCCUACUGUUAAAGGCAUGGCAGCCGAAGGGUGCAAGUUUGUUGGUGUAUUAUAUGCUGGACUUAUGAUUGAGAAGAAAUCUGGGCUGCCUAAGCUUAUUGAGUACAAUGUAAGAUUUGGUGACCCAGAAUGCCAGGUUCUGAUGAUGCGAUUAGAAUCUGAUUUGGCACAAGUUCUGUUAUCAGCUUGCCAGGGAGGAUUAAGCAAUGUUUCACUAACCUGGUCACCUGAAAUGGCAAUGGUGGUUGUAAUGGCAAACCAGGGGUACCCUGGCUCUUAUAAGAAGGGGACUGUAAUAAAAAACCUAGACAGGGCUGAGGAGGCCUCUCCAGCUGUCAAGAUAUUCCAUGCUGGGACAGCACUAGAUGAAGAUGGCAAUCUUGUCGCCGUUGGAGGUCGAGUUCUUGGUGUCACUGCCAAGGGCAAGGACAUCGAAGAAGCAAUGGCAAGAGCAUAUAAUGCAGUACAUGCUAUUGAUUGGCCAGAAGGGUUCUUCAGGCGUGACAUUGGUUGGCGAGCACUGUGGCACAAGCAAGUGGCUAACUACCCAUGA